GUGGUUUCUUUAGUCUAUAUUGCAGCUGCAAGCCAGCCCAGUGCAGCAUUUGGCUUUGGUCUUAGAGAAGCAACAGCAGCAAAGAUCCAGAGAGCGGUCACCGUCCCAGGUGUGCAGACUACAACUCAGCGAUGGCAGACGAGACCCAGAACCUGGUCCAGAAUGGGAUUCCGGAAGAGAGCGUGGUGGAAACUGGGGAGAGACAAUCACGUACUGUGACCUGUACCAAAAAGACAGUAAUGCCCAUACUGUCCAUCUUCGUAGCUCUGCUUAUCGCAGGUCAAGCCGUAUCCGUCUACUUUAUCUCUCAGCAGCAGUCCACCAUUAGCCAUCUGCAAGAGACCACAACUGCAUUAAAGUUGAAGGACAUGAUGAAGAAUCUUCCAGGUUCACCUCAAUCCCAAAAUCGCCCAAAACUGAGGAUGGCAUCAUUUAAUAUUCCUCUGGCAUUCAAGGAUACAGACGGCUCUUCACCAAACCUGGAAGAAAUUGCAGAAGGGAGCAACAAGAUUGAAGAUGCAGUUAAAUACAUGCUCCUGAGAACCAAUCCCCUGAGAACUUACCCAUCACUGAAUGGCACCGUCCUGGACAAUCUGAGGAAGCUGAAAAAGAACCUGAGUGACCAGGAGUGGAUGGUUUUUGAUGCAUGGAUGCAGCAGUGGUACCUGUUCUAUCUGGUGCAGAACACUGACACACCCAAGACUGCUCCGGCCCCAACAGGCACUAGAAAUUUACUGACAACGCAGAAAAAGGAUCAACGCCCAGCAGGGCGCAGCCCAAGCGGAAACCUGGUUUAUGCUUCUAUCACUUACUCCACUGACACAGAGCCCAGUAUUAUUGGUGAAAGCCCAAGUGGUGCCUCUGUGUUAUCCGAAUGCAUGGCAAAGGCCAGUGUCCAUGCCUUGCCCGGUGCUUACUUACCCCAGUGUGAUGAGAAUGGUGGCUUCAAGGCUACGCAGUGCUGGAGAAGCACCGGAUAUUGCUGGUGUGUCUACAAGAAUGGAACCGAGAUUCCAGACACCAGGUCCCGCGCUAAAAUUGACUGCGAAAGUAAGAACACCCAUGUCUUACUCAUAUAGUUGAAGGUACCAUGAGAUA